AUGCGAAGUCAUACCUACGAGCAAGUCCUGGAUGAGUAUCUUCAUAGAUUUGAAGAAAUCCAGGCCAUGGGGACGACGGCUGACAUUGGUGUCCAAGCUACACAAGAUUUCGUCUUGAUUAGAAUGAGGAUUCCGUUGCUGCUGGCAGCAUUGGGAUACGACGAUUUGGCCAUUACCGAGGUUGCAGUCAUGAUGGACUUUUACGGAGGAACUCCGAGAAUUCCAAGAACAAAAUUUGAUGAUGUGAUCCAAGACCUCUUUGAGGAACGAGGUGAAGGGUACGAAGCCUGGCCCACCUGUUUCAUACUACCAGUAGUUUUGGUCAAACUGAGGCUUGUACUAGGAUGGAGGUCAUAUAUCACGUUUGUUUCUAGAACAAACAGAUUUCCUGAGGAUGUUCGAUUGUGCAUUGGUGAGUUUCUGAUUGGUCAUGUCAUCCGUGCAUCAACUGCCACACUAUACUUGGAACAGAAGCAACAGCUGCGACGAGCCAUUUCUUUGAUCAAGCAACAGGACGACGAUUUUGCUUCGAUACUACGAGAGCAUCAAUAUAAUGAAGAUGACGAAGAAAACGAUCAUGCUGAGGAUCUAUUGAGUUAUAUUUAUGAGAAUGAUGAUUAUGGCUUUAAUGACUAUGGUCUCUUUCAGUUCUUUCGUGGUUGCUUUCGAGAUACGGAGGCAAUGAAAGCGCUCGCAGCAAAGUUCAUAAGUGAAGAAGAAUUGGAAGACGGUGAGGAAAUGACAUGGGAACGGCGUCCAUCUGUCCUUAGAACGAAGAAAGAAGAGUCGAAAGACUUCAUCCAAAAAAAGAAGUUGGAAGAUGGUAUUGAAAUCUCAUGGGAACGAAAUAACCAAACUUGCUUGAAGAGCAUAUCAACUGGUUUCGCAAGUGAAGACGAGCUAGAAGACGACUGGGAACCCAUGCAGGCAAACUGGUUGUCGGUGAAGGAGCGGUAG